GAUUGCAAUGUGAACUUGAAAAGCUUUCUUUACCCAAACAUCUGUUUCAUUAGUCUGAUUUAAUUAUGUCUGUGAAGUACUUAUUUGUUUUAUGUUUGACAUUGUUGGAUGCAACAUCAUCAGGCAAUCACUCAACAGGGGAGUUGAGGAUUGUGCUGCUGGGUAAGAGUGGAGCAGGAAAGAGUGCAACAGGAAACACCAUUCUGGGCAGAGAGGAAGCCUUCAGGGAAGAUCUGUCAUUCGAGUCUGUCACGUCAUCGUCUAGUGAGAAGAGCGGCGAGGUCUCUGGCAGGAAGGUGCUCGUGGUCGACACCCCGGGAUUGUACGACACAUCCAAGACAGAAGAGGAGCUAAAAAGGGAGAUCGAGAGAUGUGUCAACUUGUCCGUGCCUGGGCCUCACGUCUUCUUGCUGGUGAUUCGGCUGGGGGUGAGGUUCACAGAGGAAGAGGAAAACGCUGUGAAGUGGAUCCAGGCCAAUUUCGGCCAGAGAGCAUCACUGUUCACCAUGGUGCUGUUUACUCAUGCGGAUGAGCUGCACGGCAAGCCUCUUGAAAGCAUCCUCCACGGCGGUCUCCGCACCUUGAUAGAGAGCUGUGGAGGUGGAUGCCAUGCCUUUGACAAUGCAGAGAGAGACGACAAGACGCAGGUUGAAGAGCUGCUGCAGAAGAUAGAUGCGAUGGUGAGGAAGAACAGAGGAGAACACUACACCAACUGGAUGUACCAGAAGGCACAGAGGGAGAUGAGAGAAGAGGAGGAGAGGAGGAGGCAGGAGGAGGAGCGCAAACAACAAGAGGAGGAUGAGAAAAUCAGGCGAGAUGAAAGACUGAAAAUCUUUUUUGAGGAGAACUUGGGCAAGGUUAAACGUCUAUGUCCGCUGGUGUUAACCUAUAUGUUGACUCAUUUAGGCAAGUCCACCAGCCCAGUUAGAGAUCUGGUCCAAUUUGGGCUGGGAUAUGAAAUCUCAAAGACAUUGUGCGAUUGUACAUCGUGACAUUGUGGUUUUUUUAUCAAUAUAAUAACUUUUAAGAGAUCUACUGUGAAAGGCGUCUUAAAAAAAUAUUUGCAUUUAAGUAUCACUUAUGUGUAAACCAGGCAUAACGUUUUAUUCAAUGGUCUCAUACCUAUGCAUUAAAAUUGCUUAAAAAGUGGUGUUAAGAUUCUGGCAUCCAUGACAACCUUGAGCAAGGCACCUAAAUUCACAUUGCUCUAUUGUGACGAAUUCCCUGAAAAAUAACUGUAAGUCACUUUGGAUAAAAGUGUCUGUAAAUGUAAUUUUAUGUAAUGUAAUGCCUCUGCAUUCAACA